CGAAAGCCACACCCUCAAUGCACUCGUCAUAUAAGCUCUUUCUCAAUUAGCUUAAUCAAAUCAUUCUUUCUCUCAUAUUUUCUUCAUCAAUUUCUCUUAGCUAGUCACUCUUCAGGUUCGAAAAGUAACGAAUAUAAUGGGGUCUGCCGUAUUUGGAAGUCCAGUGACAAUGGCAAUGUUGAGGGAGAUGCCUGAAUACAAAGGCAGUAACUCAAUCGGCCAGAAAGACUUGGCAAAGGUUGCACUCGAGAAGGUGAACGCGGAAGGCAAGGCUGCGAAUGCUCGUAACUUUGUGGAGAAGUUGCAGUCUCGAUUUGGGGCCGAUUAUGUGAGCACAAUGUGUCUGGUGUACAACGCAACCGGUGAUAAUAUGACUUACGUUGUCACUCAUGACUGGCAUGGACGUCUUUGCGAAUCUGCUUACCCAGUGAUCAUCGCGAAUGGCCAAUGGGGUGCAUUCCUCCAUGGACAAUACUAUGGUAACGAUGAUAGAGAAUCUAGAGCUGGAAUUGUUUACUCUGCUCUUAACAAUCAAGGGGAAGAACGACAUUGGUUCCUGGGUUUUGAUAGUACAACCCAAGGUGCCUAUAACAAGGUGUACGUAGAAAUUCGGGAGGCAGGGCACUAUGAUUUGGAGAACACUGGAGCUUGGUAUGCUCUCAACAACCUUUUGGGUGAUGGGAAAUUGGUGCACAAGGCCUACGAAGAAGGAGGAUUCAUUAGUGGCUCCAUUGGUAAUACUGCAAAACCCAUAUUCGAAGCCGUUUUGACCUGCCUGAAUCCUUGAUUGAGCAUUCUAGGCUUACUAAUGUGACUCUGGAUUUGGCCCAAUUUCUUUGUACACAUGGCUAGCUUGGGAUGAAAUAAGGCCCCUUUAAAUUUAUUUUGUGUUGUUGGUUUUUAUAUAUGUUUUGUUCAACCGUUGAACUCUCAGCUAUGUACUGCAAAUUUGUUUUAUAUUCAGUAUGAAUAAAAUUAAAAGUUUAUUUUCUGUUAA